AUGCUGAAAUUGACUCACAGUUUUUGCAGAUAUACAAGACUCACCUGUGAGGACAUAAAUCAUAGUAAUUUUUUUGUGAAAAACUACUCACAGUUUAGUAAAGGAAAGAUAUGUGUUACAUGGGACAAACAAACACAGCUAGCUCCACAAGUUUAUUUUGGUGUUUGGUCUCAACGAUUAGUGAACAUAAAAAAGGGAUUCAAUCUCAAAAAAACAUUUAUAAACUCAAAUGUAACAAGGAGACGCAAACCAAUGAGUGAUUCAUACGAGCCCUAUAAACAUGCCAAAUAUCAAAUUCCCGCAGAUGAAUGUACAAGCCAAUCUAGCCAAUUUAGAAAACAACCAAGUGAAAAGUCCAAAAGACCUCUUAAAAUACCUAAUGACUUCCGCCUUUGGGAACCAGUGGGAAAGAAAAAUUCUAAUAAUGGAGGUAAUUUCAGGUUCCGUGUGGUCUCAUACAAUGUCCUAGCCCAGUAUCUAUUAGAAUUCCAUCCAUACUUAUAUACAGACUGCUCGCCAGGAAACCUUAAAUGGAAAGUGCGAGCUGCGAAAUUAUAUGAUGAAAUACUCAGUCUAUCGCCAGAUAUUAUUUGCCUUCAAGAAGUACAAGUGUCCCAUUUAAAAAGUUUUUAUGCAAAAUUUGAGGAUAUGGGUUAUUUUGGUAUAUUCAAACAGAAAACUGGUCAUCGUCAAGAUGGAUGUGCUAUUUACUUCAAACACAGCCUAUUUGAUUUACAAGAUCACAUCAGUGUGGAGUACUAUCAGCCUGAGAUGCCAAUACUGAAUCGUGAUAACAUCGGCCUGAUGGUGAAACUCGCUCCAAAAGCCUCAUCGAAUACUCCGAUAGUAGUGGCCACGACACACCUCUUGUAUAACCCGAAACGAACGGACGUUAGAUUGGCACAGAUGCAGGUCCUAUUGGCGGAGAUAGAUAGAUUCGCUUAUACAAAGAAUGGUUUAGGGGAGGGCUAUUUACCUAUAAUAAUUACAGGAGACUUUAAUUCGACGCCAGAUAGCGCUGUAGUGCAGUUACUGGACAGAGGACAUGUUAGUGUACAAUCGUUGAGGGACAAUUCAGACUGGGAGAGAAUUGGCGUCACUGAUAACUGUCAGCAUUUGGCAGUUUAUCUGAAUAGGCAGAAAGGAGUUACCACAGAUUUCAGUAUGGUUAAGAUACAAAAUUCGGACUACACGAAUACUACUCAAAACACGAAGCACGAGUCCAAAUAUAGAGAGAUGUUCAACAGUGGAGACGUCUGCCAUCAGCUUCGACUGUCUUCAGUAUACGAUACUAUCAAGGGCGGUCUUAACUACGAGGCUACCACCUACCAAGAUUUGUGGGUUACCGUUGAUUAUAUUUACUUUAGUUACUGCAGUUCUUUACGACUAGUGGAACGUCUUCGUCUUCCGACUGAGGCUGAAUGUGAAGUACUCGGACGUUUACCAAACGAUAAGUACGGCUCCGACCACCUCGUGUUAGCUGCUACCUUCGAACUAAAGACGUCCAAGUCAUCACUAUGA